AUGGCUGUUUUUAAGAUAAUUGAUAAAGCUGGAAUUUCCAGGGCUGCUUUGCAUGCUCUAGGAAACAUCUGUGGAGAAACUCGGUCUGAAAAUAACAUCAUACUCAAUUCUGAGGCAGAAGAAAACUUGCGACGUUUAGUUUAUGAAGUAGCAUCCAGGAGCUUAAAGUUUACACCAUCGGGUCUUUUCCUAUCAGUCCUGCAGCAGGAUUCAGAAAUCCGAUUGGCGGGCUACAGAAUGAUAAGUGGAUUAGUUGCUCGAUCAUGGUGUUUGAUGGAGAUCUGCUCAAAACAAGAGAUAAUACAGAUGGUGACUGACCCAAGUACUGAAACCACAAAAUAG